AUGGAUUUCAUCGUUGAUGUCUUACACCAGGUCUACGAGCUGCAAGGUAGAGCACGCCACCAGCGCCGAGCCAACCGAGAGAUUUACCUGCGGGCGAUGGAAAUGUACACGGAGCUCCAAAUGUCGGAAUCCGUUCAAAACAACGGAACACUGCAGCGCACCGCCGCAUUGGAGAAGUUUGCAGAUAGUGUGAGGGACUUCCACAGCUACCUACGAGCAUACAAUAACAAGCCCAGAGUCGUCCGCCUUGUGAAAAGGUCCGAAAUGGAGGAGCGGCAGCAACAAAUCAACGACGAAAUGGGCCAACUCAUCCAGACGAUGAAUUUCGCCGCAACGAUAGCGUCAAUGAACACGGACGCUUCUGUUGCCCGGGCCAACAACAAGAAGAGAUUCCCC